GUUUUAUUACUCAUACACUUAUUUAUAUGUAUAGAAGUAUGAAAACAUAAGUGUUUUGUGUAAGUACAUAUAUAUUUAUAUAUAAUGACAGCUGCAGAUUACUACCCAGUAACCAAUCGGAAGUUAUCUAACGUCACUAAAAGCGCACAUGAGAUUCAAAAAUAAAAUAAUUGAUCGUAUGAACAUAAUCAAAUUUUUAAAUUUAUUUUAAUGAAAAAAAAAUAAGUAGAUAUUUGAAAAUUAUGAAAAUAUGAUAAAAGAAUUAAAGCAAACAAUUUUAAAUAAAUGAUAAUGACAUAUUUGAAAUAAUGGUGCGAAGUUGUUGAGGUUAAACUGCCAUCUAUUAACCCCGCGUAAAAGUUUUUCUGUGGGUGAGAGUUUAAAUAUUAAAUCUUGAAUAAUUAUUAUGGCUCCAAGGACUCGCAAAAGAAAUCCGUAUCCAGUGCCAGAUAUUUCCAGUGAGGGUUUUUGGGUUGCACGGGGUCCGGCUUUAGGAAAAAAUGUAUCAGCAAAUGACAGGACGUGGUCGUCUAAAGUAGACGUUGCUGAGAGGCUAUUUUCUCAUCAUACACUUAAUAGUAUUCGACGUGACCAACGUAUUAUUAGACCAAAUGAACCAAAUGAUGCAUUAGAUUUUGCAUUAUCGUCAAUAUACAUUCAUGAUGAAGAUUUUAUGGUACCAAAAAUGUAUGUUUUCAUGCAACCUGAAACAUUGAAUUUACAAUCAUGGCGUCAGUUACGUAAUGAACUUGAGCCGUCUUCAAAACAACCAACCACAGCAAAAACAAUCAAGUCAAAAAUAUUGCCUAAGUCAAUGGGAACAAAUGUAGCAACGGCUACAGCAAUGCCUGUAUCACAAGUAACUGUAAAUACACGAGACACUAUACGUGUACAGAGGAAAAUAAAUUCACCAGCAGUCUCGCCGAGCGAUAAGUACCGUUCGGCGCUGAGUGGUAAAAAAUCCCGAGCAGCAACUGCCGAUAAAAAAUCCAUAGCUGUUAAAUCCAAAGAAUAUUCACAAUCGUCAGAUGAUAUUCUCGAUAAAAACCAGAGACGUUUGACUUACGCGGCACAAAUGCGAGCAAUCGAGAGGAUUCAUCCGAGCAGUCUCAAGCUGGCGAUCGAGGGUCCUCACACGGAUUUAACAAAUCCUGGCUACAGUCGUAAAGCUGAUGGAACAUUUUACAGCAUAUAAAAAUAUACUUUAAAUUAUUAAUGUCUAGUCAUUUAAUUUUUUUUAUAUUUAUAAUCUUUAUUAUUUUUUAUAAUUUACUACUUUAAUAAAAGUUGUUUUUAUUUAAUGUGUUUAUCUGUUGGUUUGUUUAAAGAAUAUGCAUUAAAAUCAUCAUUCAAAUAUUGAUGAAUAGUACUCUAUAUAUAUUUAAUAUUUAAUGAUGUAGGUUUUAAUACCCUGGAGUAAUCUGUCAGUAAUCCGAUGUGAACAAUUGAAUUAUCUAUAGAAGGUAGUAGAUGCAUGAGUGAGUGUUGACAUCAAAAGAUACGUUAUUGCGUUGUAAUAACAUGUAUUAUAUAGUAUGCUGUUAUCUAUUUAUGUUGACGAAUUAGCUUGGGAAGAUUGUAUCAUAUGCCAUCGGGGAUUCCCAUCAGGGGAGUAGGCUCUAUGUCAAACUGUCAGUGCUAGUGUGGUAUCUAGAAAUCAUAUAUUUAAUGUAUCUAAAUGUAUGAA